AUGUCCCUUCCCGGGCUGGCCGGCUAUGGAAGCUUCCAGGCUGCUACCGAGGAACAGUCAUACACGCUCAAGCCUUCGCAAGAAUACCGGUUUGAGGCAUCUCAGAACGCACCAGUCAAUGUCACCCUCCUGUCUGGAUCAGCAGAAAUCUUCGGCACCGAACUGACUAUUGGCCCGACAUAUACCUUCACCAGUACCAAAGCUGCCGUUUUCACAUGGCAGGGCUGUGAGAUCACAGUAAAGGGACCUGCGGGUGCGGGAUAUCUCGCAGAAGAGACACCAAUGGCGACAUACGUCAAUGCACAUUUUGGCUUGGAGAAGCAGAGAGGUUUGUCAAAGGAAAGAGGAGAGCAAGGGCCAAGAGUUAUGAUCGUUGGUCCUGAGAAUGCUGGCAAGACUUCAUUGGUCAAGCUAUUGACAUCAUAUGCCGUUCGACAAGGCAGAAAGCCUGUUGUUGUUGGAUUGGAUACAAAGGAGAGUAUCCUUAGCAUUCCAGGAGCGAUGACAGCCGCCCAGUUUACCAGUAUUCUCGACGUCACGAGCGGAUGGGGUACCAGCCCCACAAGUGGUCCUGGUCACAUUCCUGCAAAGGUCCCUUUAACAUACUAUUACGGAUACGACAAUAUCGAGGAGAAUCCGAAGAUGUACAAGACGGUUCUGUCAAGACUAGCUCUGGCUAUCUCCUCAAAGAUGGCAGAUGAUGAGGCAGCGCGGACAUCUGGAUGCAUCAUUGAUACUGCUGGCCUCAUCUCGCAAAGUACAGGCUAUGAAAUUAUUGCUCAUGCCAUCACCGAAUUCUCCGUAUCGGUAUUGGUUGUUCUUGGCUCUGAACGUCUCUACAGUGACAUGGUGAGAAGAUUUGAUGGACGGAGAGGACUGAGUGUGGUUCGUAUGCCUAAGAGCGGUGGAGUGGUUGACAAGGACGAGUCUUUCAUCAGUGCUUGCAAAGCACGGGCUGUGCGGGAGUAUUUCUACGGGAACUCGGGGCAAGUCCUGAGUCCAUUUUCGAGUGUGGUUGGGUUUGACAACAUCCAUGUUUACCGUGUUGCGUCGUCGGAUGCAUCUAUCAGUGCUUCGGUACUUCCAAUAGGGCACGAAGCUGGAGACACAAAGGUGCAAGUAUUGAGGGUUGAGCCAUCGUUGAUCUUACAAAACUCGGUUCUGGCUGUCAGCGUGGUUGAUUCGGAUGAAGACGCGUCUGCCAUUGUGGAGAGCGCUGUGCUUGGUUUUGUGUUUGUGAGCGAUGUGGACAUGGUUACAAAAAAGAUUACGGUAUUGAGCCCAGUAGCAGGAAGGUUACCGGCCAAGGCAUUUGUCAUGGGUUCCUUAAAAUGGAUGGAUGCGUAG